UAGUACUUUCCGUUCUCAAGUAAGUGCGAGUAAGUAAUUACCGGUAGUUGCUAUGCAUUGCGGGUAGCUAUGGUGGCGGUAUGAUCCCACCAUCAGCAGGACAUGAACUAAACUGGCGAAGCGUUUCACUAGCUGGAGCUAGAGCUCUGUGUUUACAUAAAAGAAGUACAGACUCAGUUCACUCCUGCUAGCAAGAGUAUAAAUGGAGGGUUAUAUACUCUUGCUUCUAGCCUUCUGAUUAUGAACUUCAAGCUCAGCUCCGUUUUCACCGAUGCCUUCGUGCCAGCUAACGUGCUUAUUAUUUUCAACAACUGCAAUUACUCCGUCUUCGCAAGUAAGUAUUAGUUCUAGUUCUAAGAAGUGCUCAUUAUCAACGCCACACUGGGUCGCAAACCACUACCGGUACAUACCAGGUGUGUUGGCUCGGUAGGUUACUCUGCCAGGCUCGACGCCAUUCACCGAAAAUAUCGGAGCCGAGUUGGGAAGGAGUGUAAUUGCAACAGAGCAAGCCGGCAUAAAUCAACGGCCCGCCGGCCUUGAAGAAUGGAUACACACUACGCGUGUGGCGUGUCGAACCGCUUUGCUCUCCCAGAGGACGAUGGGAUUUCUACUACGGACAUGUCUACCGACCCGGAUGUAAUCGUGACAGCACUCCAGAAGAAGGCGAAGGAGAAAGCUAAGGAGCUCAAACGGACCAGACGAAAGGAGAAAGCUGAGGCCGCGUUGGCCAAGACCGCUGAGAAAGUACAAACAAGUGACGGCGUGGAUUGGGGCAGUCCCGUCAAGACCAAUACUUCUGCCAGCUCAUCUGCCCAGCUACCUGCACGCACUACUGCAAAAUCAAACGGUGGGUCUACGGAUUCACGUUCGCCGUCCAAGGGGACAUCAUUCCACAGUGAUGGCUCAAGACAUGAGAGAAGUUACCAGAAGCGUGAUUACAAUGAUCAGAAAAGAUCAACUGACAGUGACUUGGGAAGGUCAUCGUCAACCUCCGGUGGCACGGAUACUUUUGGCGAUAUAUCCCUGAACCACCGGGGCAGAGGGCGUGGUGAAGGAAGAGGUCGUGGUAGAGCCAAUCAUCGCGGCUCGGGCAGCAGAGGCCGAAAUUCCUUUGAAGAUAAUCAGAACACCAGCUCUUUCGGGGGUGCUUCAGGUGGCUCUUUCGGUGCUUCAGGUGGCUCUUUCGGUGCUUCAGGUGGCUCUUUCGGUGCUUCUGGUGGUUCCUUCGGAGAUCGCGGUUCUGGAGGUGCUGGUUCCUUCGGAGAUGCUGGUUCUUUCGGAGAUGCUGGUUCUUUCGGAGAUGCUGGUUCUUUCGGAGAUGCUGGUUCUUUCGGAGAUGCUGGUUCUACCAAACCUGGCCAAUAUUCAUCGCCAUCAUCCCAUAGGGAUGGCUCAAGAAACGAGAGAAGCUACCAGAAGCGUGAUUACCAUCAGAAAAGAUCAACUGACAGUGACUUUGGAAAGUCAUCCUCAACCUCCGGUGGCACGGAUACAUGUACCUUUGGUGCACAAUCCUCUUCAGUUGGCGACCAAUCAUCUGGUGAUAUGUCCCAGAACCACCGGGGUAGAGGGCGUGGUCAAGGAAGAGGUCGUGGUAGAGCCGAUCAUCGCGGCUCAGGCCGCAGCAGAGGCCGAAGUUCCUUUGAAGAUAAUCAGAACACCAGCUCUUUCGGGGGUGCUUCAGGUGGCUCUUUUGGUGAUUCUGGUGGCUCUUUCGGUGCUUCAGGUGGCUCUUUCGGAGAUGGCAGUUCUGGAGGUGCUGGUUCUUUCGGAGAUGCUGGUUCUACCAAACCUGGCCAAUAUUCACGGCCCUCUGGCGGAGGGUUUGGAGGUACUAGCACCAGUAGGACAUCAACAUUUGGAGAUACUUCAGAUCAAGAUUUCAACAAUGAUGCAAGGACCGGAACAUUCGGUCGGCAGUCUUCCUUAAAGACUGACUUUGACAGGACACCAAGGACGGCAAAGGGAGUCGAAGGGAGCACCAGCCCGCGUGCCGGGCAAUCUGUAUCGUGGGCAGACGAGUCUGAAGCAGCUGCUGAAGCUGCUUCGUCUGGCUCCGGCGGCAAGUCCUCUGUACGUGAAACAGACACCAUGACACUGGGCGAGUACAAGGCACUCGCUGACAAAAGCCGCUACCAAGGAAAGCUAUGCUUGCGGCAGGCCGGGGAGAGCGAGGAUCCAGACCGCUGGAAAGGCACUCGGCAGCUCAAGAAACAAGAUGAGGCUAGCCAGCCAGCCACUCCAGGUCGAGCACCGGUUGAAACCAUUUCAAACACUGCACCAUCAAAGAAGAAGCAUCUGGACAUCAAUGUGACAUUCACUGGAGAUGAUUCUCGCUGGGGUGACCAUGGCCGAGGUGGUCGAGGUGGUCGAGGUGGACGUGGUGGACGUGGUGGUCGAGGUGGUCGAGGCCCACGUGGUGGACUUUGGGGUCAUGGCAGUCGAAGUGGCAACGGCGGGAAUCCUGCAGACCAGCAGACUACCACAGAAGACCAGCAGUCUACCACAGAAGACCAGCGGACUCAGAGUGGUGCUAGCCAUGAUUAUGAUGUGGAUGGUUUAAACGACUCUGAGCAGCGUGAGGCUAACGUCACAGACCAGCAUCAAGCAAUGUUUGGUGAUUACGAUUUCCCGAGCCUGUAAUCGUUGGAAAUUCACCAAAGUGUCCGUGCCUUCAAGCUUCUAGCAGUACGGGCGGUCUCCAUGACCCAGUAAUGGAUAUGUCGGCAUACUGUGUCGUAUGACUCAGUAAUGGAUGAGUCAGCCUAUUGUGUCGCGAAUUGAUAUGAUGCUAGAGCUCUGCAAGCCCAUUACAGCAGCAUUUUUCUUCCUCUUACAACCAAGUUUUCCAUCGAGCAUGAACUUGAAAUUGGUCAUCUGUGACUUGAACGCAAGUGAACUGUGUCUUUCGGGCAAUGUUUGACUUUCCCUCCUGCUGGAUGUCAACCCGAAUCGGAUCCCAGUUGCCACGGCUACAGCCACUAGCACUGUUGCUGAGCUGUAGCAUAACUAUAAUCCCAGUAUUGUGCUUUCAUUGGACUGAUCCGCUGAUUUGAUUUGUGUCAUUAUCCGGGACCUGCUGCAAUUUCCCCCAAACUUCAAAUUAUUAUUAUUAACUUCAAACUACAUGUACUAAAAUAUUCACUGGUUUGAGGGAAAGACGCAAACGGGAAAAGUUUGAAGAAAAAUUGAC